AUGCAAAUUACCGAACUUUCCGUGCCGGUGCACACAGCCCGUGGCGUGGUGGGCGGUGACGUCACGCUGCCGUGCGCGGCCAUGUCGCCGCGGCCCGGCGACAAGCUGGAGCUGGUGCUCUGGUACCGGCACGACUCCAGCUCGCCCUUCUACACGUACGACGGCCGCGGUCAGCCGCAGCGCCGGGGCAAGCACAUGACGGACGACCUGUCGGCGCCGAGAGGAAGGGUCGGCCUGACCUUCGACCCCUGGGGUCUGGAGGUGGGAGCCCUGCAGGAGCGCGACGCCGGCACCUACGUCUGCAGGGCUGAGUUCGAGGCCAGCUCGACACAGACCAGCGUCAUCCAGCUGGAAGUCAUAGUGCCUCCCGGUGAGCCGCUGGUGUUCGACGACCGGCGGAGGGUGGUGACCAACUGGACGUCGGCGGUGCCUGAGGGCCGCUCUCUCUUCCUCACCUGCGAGGUCUCCCAAGGCAGUCCCCCUCCCACGCUGACGUGGACGUUGAACGGGCGCGAGCUCGACACGGCGACCAGCAUCGCCGUCGACGGCACGGUGCGCAGCGACCUGGAGAUGAGCCGGGUCACGCGCGCCGACCUGGCCGCCCAGUUGACCUGCACGGCCGCCAACACCAACCUCACCACGUCCAAGGCGGUGUCGGUGCGCGUGGACAUGGUGCUGGCGCCGCUGGUGACGCAGAUCCGGAACGUGCCGCUGGCGGUCAGCGAGGGGCGCGUUUACCAGGUCACGUGUCACAGCAGCGGCUCCCGGCCGCCGGCCGCCAUCACCUGGACGCUGGACGACAGGAAGGUCACGUCCGGCAUCGUUGAGAAGAUUUCGGCCGGCGGCAACCUGACGACCAGCUCGUUCUCGCUGACCGUGCCGGCCGUGCGGCGACCGUUGCGACUGCGGUGCAGCGCGCGCAACCCGCACCUGCCGCUGGCGCCCGCCUCCGGCGACACCAAGCAUCUGGUCGUUUACUAUAAGCCCAUCGUGACCCUGGAGUUCGGUCGGAACCUGGAUCCCAAUCGAAUCAGAGAGGGCAACGAUGUCUACUUUGAGUGUAACAUCCAGGCCCAUCCACCCGUGGACCAGGUGCAGUGGCUACACAAGGGCCGGUGGCUGGAGCCGUCGCGCCAGGAGGGUAUCAUCAUCACCGCCCACAGCCUGGUGCUGCCGAACGUGUCGAUGGCGCAGUCUGGCGACUACGCCUGCCAGGCGGCCAACGCCGAGGGCCGCAGCCGCAGCAGGCCCGUCGCGCUGCACGUGCUCUACGCGCCGCGCUGUGAGCAGCCCAGCCAGGUGCUUUACUUCCUGCCGGGCCGGCCGGUGGAAGUGACGUGUCGGGUCACCUCGGAGCCGGCCAAGGUGCGCUUCAAGUGGGUCAUCAACCGAUCCACGGCCGAGCGCGAGACCAUCGACGUGAACAGGUUCACCAGCUCUGGCCGGAGCAGCGUGCUGCGCUACACGCUCGGCUCGGCAGAGUACGCCGUCAUCGCCUGCCGCGGCAGCAACGCCGUCGGCCUGCAGCGGCAGCCCUGCGUCUUCCAGAUGCUGCCCGCCAGUGUGCCGGGUCAGCUCAGUGAGUGCGACAUUCACAACCAGACAGUCACCUCGUUCGAGCUGACCUGUGAGGAGGGUCCCAGCGGCGGCCUGCGACAGCACUUCGUGCUCACCGUCUGGCGCGACCGCCACAAGCAGCUGGUUCACAAUGUGACCUCGGAGACGCCCCACUUUCGGCUGGACGGCCUGGCGGCCGGGGUCAACUUCACGCUGCAGGUGUACGCCGCCAACGAGAAAGGCCGUGGCAAGAUUACGACGCUGCAGGUCGGCACGCUGGAGCUGAUGCUGGACCGCGUCGCGUUCAGCGUGGCGCCGUCGGCGGGUCCAGUGGCGGCCGUGCUCUCCGGCGCCGUCCUGGCCGUGCUCAUGCUCGCAGUCUGCGUGCUGGUCACCCUGAGGAGACGCGCCGGCGCCGCCCGCCGCCGCAAGCCUGACGCCCCGUCUGCCGCCUCGGCCGUCGACAAGGAGGAGGCGUCCGGUCGCGAGCAGAUGGGACCGGAUAUCGUUCCGUCAGCUAUCGAGAUGAGUCAUCGAUCGGGGGACGCGCCUCUGGUCCGGAGCUGUCUGCCGGAGGGGGACAUCAGCUCUCCGUAUUACCGGCAGCGGUGGCGGGCGGCCGUCGACGGGGCCGGCUUGCCCGUCGACACGCGGCUGCUGGCCGGCUCGCCGCCCUCGCUCCGAUCAACCGAGGACGACUCGCGUUGA